AUUAAGCUCGUGUAUUAUUUAACUACUACACUAUUAAAUAAUACAAUGAGUGAAAGAUAAAUCGAAAACAAAAAUUAAAAAAUAUGUGUUCCAAAAUAUUUACCGUUUUAUCGUUAUUAGUAGUUUUUGCAAAUAUUUUAUCGGCAAAUAAUGAUGUAGAAUAUCUAGACUCAGUUAUUAACAUGUUGUUAAACGGAGAUAGUUUUGAAAUUGAAGAAUCAGAAGAAGACGUUCCAGAACAGGACGUAGCCCUAAUCGGCGGUGUAUGGAAGUGCGGAAACUGCGCUGAUGUUGACGAAUCCAAACUUGUAUACAGUGAGGUCAAUGAUCUAGAAACAGAAGUUACCGAAGACCAACCAGUAGAGAUGCAGAUAAGCCUGUCGGUACCGUCGAUGUCGUGCGUGGCCGUGGUGGGAGAACAACCAGGCAUCGUGCGACGAGUCACGGGCUCGUGCAUCGGCGCGCACGUCACACUCAGCAUCACGGCAGUCAGCCACUUCACUGUCAACGUAUACACUAAGUGAUCGUAAAGUGGUGUAGGAGAGACAAGCACCGUGCCUCACGUUACGGUCAUACUCAGCAUCACGGCAGUCAGCCACUUCACUGUCAACGUCUACACUAAGUGAUCAUAUAGUGGUGGAGGAGAGACAAGCACCGUGCCUCACAUUACGGCCACACUCAGCAUCACGGCAGUCAACCACUUCACUGUCAACGUCUACACUAAGUGAUCGUAUAGUGGUGUAGGAGAGACAAGCACCGUGCCUCACGUUACGAUCACACUCAGCAUCACGGCAGUCAGCCACUUCACUGUCAACGUCUACACUGAAUGAUCGUGUAGUGGUGGAGAAGAGAUAACCAUGGUGCCUCACGUUACGGUCACACUCAGCAUUACGACAGUCAGCCACUUCACUGUCAACGUCUACACUGAAUGAUCGUGUAGUGGUGGAGAAGAGACAAGCAUCGUGCCUCGCGUUACAGGCACACUCAACAUUACGGCAGCAGUUAAUCCUUUCACUGUCAACGCCUACACUGAAUGAUCGUAUUGUGGUGGAGGAGAGACAAGCACCUUCCCUCGCAUUACGGUCACUCAGUGCAAACGUUAACAGAAAGUUUUUGUGAAAUAUUUCUGUAACUACUGAGAUGUCUGCCAACUAUUUGAUUACUUUCUACAACUUGCUCAUGAAACAUAGUGGUAAAUUAGUUUUCACUUAAAUAAUUCGGUAACCUAGCCAUUUCUCAAAUUGAUUUCCAUUCGAUCAUGUCCCACAGAAUGACCCUUUCGAAUAGUUGGCAUAAUGUUCGCGGCCGAAUCCAGAGGUACUCCACCACUCUGAACUAAGUUUUAAUUGUGUCGGUCCGACCCUUAAUUAAUUAGAAUUGCACUUCUGCUUAAACCACACUCUAGGAGUUGGUUAUUAUGAUGAAUUUACGGCACACGUAGAGUGUUUGGUUGUAUGUUUAGUGUGUGUGUGUGUGUUUGAUAGUGAAUGAGUGUUUGGAUGCUUAGUGAGUACUUUAAGCAUAGCCAUAUGAAAAAUGUCUUAAAAAAUGGAGAAAAUUAAAUGUUUCGUAUUUUUUCUGUUCUUA